AUAGUAUUUACCUAGUAUACAUUUUGACACCUUGACAUUUCUCCCUAAGGUCACAUGUCCACAAUAACACAGUGAUUUGAACACGUCUCUGUCGAUAUUUCACACCCGCCACCGCCUCCCUCUGGACACUCUCCAGCCGUCUGAGAGGAGAGUCGAUGAUAUCACAGCGGGGGCGGGGGCAUGUGUGUCUAUAAGUACAGGCACAACACAGGGAAACCUCUCUAUGAAGUAGAGCUGAGCUGUGCUGACAACAAGAUACUGUAGGAGAGCAAGCAAGAGCAGACGGGUGUACUUAUUGGUGCACAGACUCUGAACUGUGGAUACAUUUUUUAUCCUGGAGCUGACAAACAAGACUUCUUUCUUCUAGGGAUUUUGGAUGAUCGAUCAAAAACAACUUUUUACCUCUACAAUUCUUUAUUCCUUUGAAAGGUUUUACCAGUUUUUCUCUUUUUGUUCAUCUGCUGUAAUCAAGAUGCUUAGCCCUGUUACUUUGCAGCAGAUCAUUUCCACCCUGUUUGUGCUAAGCAGCGCUGCAGUGAUGGCAGAGAGGGAGUGCCCGGCGGAGUGCUCCUGCACCCCCUCGCCCCAGUCGUGCCCGUUGGGUGUCAGCUGGGUGACCGACCACUGUGGCUGCUGUAAAGUUUGUGCUCGGCAGUUUAAUGAGGACUGCAGCACCACCGAACCCUGCGAUCACAUCAAGGGGCUACGCUGCCAUCUGGGGGCUGGAGGAGACCCUGAGAGAGGACUGUGUCGAGCUGAGGCCCAGGGUUUGCCCUGCGAGUUUGGCGGGCGGGUGUACCAGCAUGGGGAAGACUUCCAGCCCAACUGCCAGCACCAGUGCACCUGUAUGGACAGGGUGGUGGGCUGCAUGCCCCUCUGUCCUCCCCAAGUGCCACUGCCCGACUGGCGCUGCAUGUGGCCCCAGCUGGCCAGGCCCGAGGGCGGCUGCUGUGAGGAAUGGGUGUGUGAUGACAACAACCACAUCAGUGAGGAGCCAGACGAGCUGACACACACCUCCCUGCCAGACAGCGAGCCCCUUCCCAACCACAUCAGUGCCUUGCUGCAUGCCCAGCCGCAGCCUCGGCACCCAGCUGCCACCGGAGGGGCCACGUUCAGAGAAAUGGUGUCCUUCCCCAUGUCUGAGGUUUUUCUCAAAUCCAGCUGUUUCCCACAAAUCACAGAGUGGACCGACUGUUCCACCACAUGUGGGAUGGGCAUUUCAAGUCGAGUGACCAAUAACAACCCAGACUGUCGGCUGGUCAGAGAAACCAGACUGUGCCAGAUCCGGCAAUGUGAGCUGCAGCUCCCUGCAGCUAGCAAGAAGGGGAAGAAGUGUCAGCGAACUGUCCGCCCCCAGGAACCGGUCACAAUCACUUUUGCGGGAUGCUCGACGACACAGCGGUACCGCCCUCGCACCUGUGGGACUUGCACUGAUGACCGUUGUUGCACACCCUCCCUCUCCCGCACUGUGCGGCUCCGCUUCCACUGCCCUGACGGAGAGGACUUCUACAGAAACGUCAUGUGGAUCCAGCGCUGCAGCUGCAAUACAAGCUGUCGUAUACCAAGCGGGCCCUCCAGCCCUUCAGUCAGCCUCCACAACGACAUCCACACCUUCAGGCACUGAGGCCGACGCUUCAUGCCCAGCGCUGGCCUGGCACACUGGGCAAAGACUCUGCAUACCCCCACCCACCACCACCCCCACUCCUGCCACCCUCCUCCCCAACAAGGCAAUACACUCGCUUGCACUUUAAGCUUCCUGCCACAAUGACAUCAGUUUGUCCACACUAGAGGUGUGUUACUUCUCUAGUACUAGGGCAGCACUGAGGACAGCACACUGCAGUAUGCUGCUGUGUUAAACUGUUGGCAAAGAGCUUUUACUGAAACUUCUUUUAUUUAAUUGUAAUUUUGUAUCCUCCACGCAGAGGGCGAUGUGACAAUUUGUCAUACAGAAAGAAGGUUUUUUAGACCAGUAACAGAGAACAUUUAUGAGAAGUGAUGGGGAAUUAUGGACAUGCAUUUUGAAUGAUGAGGAAGAACUAGAUGACAUAACACAUUCAUUAGAGACUAGAGGCUAUGUGUUCUUUAUUGCCUGUCCUUUGUGAUAAAAUGUUUAUCUGUAUGUGUGUGUGUGUGUGUGUGUGUGUGUGUGUGUGUGUGUGUGUGUGUGC